AUGUUUAUCUACGUGGUGUUUGGCGAGGACGAGGGCCAGCAAGUAAUGCUCAACACCCGCUGCCGGUCGGUCAUUCUCCUUGAUGCGGUGUGUGAGGCUAUGGGGCUGGACGCUGGCCAGUUCUCGGAUCCAUCAGCUACUCUCACGUCGCCUAUCAUGGGAGAUGAGGUCACUUUGCCUCGCAUCAAGAACCCGUUUGACCUUCCUGCAGACGCGGCUGCGCCCAACGCUGACGCCCGUGACCCGCCGGCGUCCAACCCGCGUGACCGGUCGGCUUCCCGCCACCCCGCCCUAGUCUUCCUGGACCUCGCCGACGAGGCCGGCAACCUUCGUGGACUCAAUCCGUCAAACCCGCUCGAGUAUGCCUCGGACGUCCUCAAGCCACGGGCCAAGUAUGUGCCGGUCAAGAUCGUCGUCGACCAGGCGUCGUCGACCAAGACCUGCAUCCCGCUCCGCGCUGGCUUUGAGCUUCGCACGGGCUCGAGCUCAGUGACCAAGGCCGCCAAGCGCCCCAACGCCUCGUCUCUCAACACAGACAACUUUGCCCAGCUCGAUCGCCACCUCGAGUCGCCGCGCGUCCGCACCAACCUCGACGCCUCGGCCACGUCGGCCGCAAGCAGCUCGCGCUCGCGCAACCGCUCCAAUCGCAGCCAGCGGAACCGCAAGCGCCGCUCGACUACCAUCACAAAGUCGUAGGCCCACACCAUGUGGUUUCAAGGUGCGUCUGCCCGGACUGGAUUGUCCCAGCCCGAGCCGACUGCUCCGAGCCGAGGCCACGAUCUGCUCCCUCUGCUCCCGCUAGGCCGAGCCCAACCCAGCGACGCCAGGCACAUCCGCUGCUAGCUACGGAAGACUGGCAAUUCCAUAUGAGUCGCCCGCUGCAGUCCCCGGCCGCAGACCUACGACCGCGACCGCUUCCCGAUGGACCCCAGGCACAGAGCGCGUCAGCCCACCCAAACUCCACACAUACGCAAA